AUCCAGACAAUAAAUAGUUUACACCGUUGUACCUUUUUCAGUUCCUAUCAAGUCGCAUUUAUGUCCAUACAGUAGCCUCCAUUAUUUAGAUUUAGUACUGUUAUCCUUUUUUGAAAAGAAUCUUCAUUUGCUUAAUUUAUUAUUAAAGUCGGUAUCACUUUCUUAUUUCUUUCCUAUUCUCUGUAUAAGUACAUCAUGCAUCCAGGAACUGAGCCAAAGGAAAAACUAACGAAUUCUGCUCCGAACGGAACGAUAAGUGGGGAAACGUAACCAGCCGGAAUUAUCUCCAGUGACACAGGUGGUAAGUGUUUCAACAACAUGAUCUCGUGCUAACCAAGAAAAAAUAAGAUAUAGAAAAUAGGUAUAUUUUAGUUCUUCACUGAGUAUGUCUGUAUGUACGAAGUGUUGAGGUGAAUAUUCAAGUAGUAUAUGCGCCUUUUCAGCUAAAAACCUGCAACUCUGGAGGAAACGGCAUGACCGAGCAAAGGCUCCUGGUUAUAGAUAUUGAACCAAAGUCAAGCAGCUCCACUCCUGUUGAGAAAAAAACUGCAAAACCCUUCUGGACUUGUAGUGACAACACCUUCAGAUUCAACUUCCUCCCUGAUAACUCCCCAGCAUUUCAAGGGACACCCACUCCACUGGACAGGACUGAGCCCACAACCAGCCAGAUAUCAUUCAUCCAACAGACUUCUCCAUUUGCCUUCAAUUUCCAAAUCCCUCCAGUCCCACCACAAGAAGAAGACAUGGACAUAACACAGACUCCAGAUGCCACUUCUCCAAGCAGCGAACAGUGCACCAAAAAGGAGAACCCACCCCAAACUUCAGCAGCUUCCAAAUCCAAGAAGAAGAAGAAGAAAUCUGGAAAGAAACAACCCUCGGAUAGUGCAGAGGCACAGCAGGAGCCCAGCUCAACAGAGGGGAGAGAGGGAAGUGAAGAGACAGAGCUGAGUGCAGAGGAGCAGCUGAAUCGACAAUUGGACUGGUGCAUAGAACAGCUGGAACUGGGACUUAAGUCCCAGAAAGGCACACCGAAGCAGAAGGAGGAAGCAUCUCGGGCCUUAAAGACUUUACGCAGCUCCAAAGCUCCUCUGGUUAAGAAACGGCAGGUGAUGAGAGCCAUGACUGGAGACUACAGGACAAAAAUGGAAGAAGAGAAGAUGAAACAGUUCAAACUCAUUCAGAGCGAAAUGGCAUCAGCGCAGGUCAAAGCAGUGUCCGAGUCUCCAAAGAAGUCUGUUUUCCACCGGAAAGCUGAAGUCAAAACAGAGACAUCAGAAAAUAAAGCUGGGAAUUCACACCUAAAAACAACAACUCAGGAGGGAACAGAAGGUUUUGUUUUUACACCAUCAAAUGAGGAGUUCCGAUUCAAUUUUCUUUGAUUUGUCUCUGGAAAAAAUGUAACAAAAAACAAGGCCUUCUCCUUUUGGUCAGUGUGGUCUGAGCUGUGAGCAGGACUUUUUUUUUUUUGAUCAUAUAAUUAUAAAAGGACGUUUUUAAGGAGCUGCACUGGACAAGAUGGAGAAAGAAGGAUGACAUGCCAACUGUUUGUACCAUAUUUUGAAAUAAAGCACCUUUUAUUUUUCUCUGUUA